CUACACUUUACUCUCUAGUUUACCCAGACAUCCGGGGUAGUACGACAUUAACAUAGUUAUCCGGGUCACCGCAAUGUUGCCCAAUUUCUUCUCGCUUCUGUUUAUUGCUUACACAUUUCCAUGGGCUGAUUGCAAGUCGCCUCACAUUGUAUUUAUUAUCGCGGACGACCUUGGGUAUCACGAUUUAGGAUUCCGAGGAACUCCAAUCAAAACGCCAACCCUCGACGACUUGGCAGGAAAUGGAGUCGUUUUGAAUCAAUACUAUGUGCAACCAGUUUGCUCUCCCAGCCGUGCUGCUUUUAACACAGGUCGAUAUCCUAUUCGAUAUGGAAUGCAGCACUAUGUUUUGCAAAGUGGCAAGCGUGAAGGGCUAAACCUCAGUGAAACCAUGCUGCCUCAGCGGCUGAAGGAGGCCGGGUAUGUCACUCAUGCAAUUGGCAAGUGGCAUCUCGGUUUCUAUUCUUGGCAAUAUACACCGACAUUUCGUGGGUUCGACUCUUUCUAUGGUUUUUAUGGCGGCGGAGAGGAUUAUUUUACUCAUAAGGCUGGAGCCGGUUACGAUUUUAGAAGAGACAAACAGCCUAUGUGUGGAACUGGCUGCUCAGAGGUUGACUGGGAUGCUCAAGGAAAUUAUUCAACAACUCUGUUUUCUGAUGAAGCUGUGAAGAUCGUUCAGAAUCAUGACACCAGCAAGCCACUCUACUUGUACCUUGCAUAUCAGGCUGUUCAUGCUCCACGUGAAGUGCCUCAACAGUAUGUCACACCUUAUAACAAUGUUAUUAAAGAUUCCGAACGUCGAACUUUUGCUGGUAUGUUGGCUUGUAUGGACGAAGGCAUUGGAAACCUAACAGAAGCACUGAAGACGAAGGGCAUGUGGAAUGACACACUGAUAGUGUUUACAACUGAUAACGGCGGUCCAAUCAAGGGCUCUAGACGAUGUCACAUUUGUGGUGACAACACGGGUACUGAAAACUACCCUCUUCGCGGUGGCAAGCACUCUUUAUGGGAAGGCGGGGUACGAGGGACGGCUUUAGUUCAUGGAUCAAUGCUAAAGAUUUCAAAGUACCAGAAUGAAGGACUGAUGCAUGCCACAGAUUGGUAUCCCACGUUGCUGACAAUGAUUGGUGUUGAUCCGUCUUUGAGUGGUUCCAAGCCUUUGGAUGGAUUUAACCAGUGGCCUAUGAUCUCACAGAAUGCAUCGUCUGCAAGAGAAGAAGUACUACUCAAUAUAGACAGAUUGCAUAACAUUCUGGGCCCAUUUGUUCGAAACGGAGGUGGACAUGCUGCUAUUAGGAGAGGCAACUACAAACUAGUUCUUGGAGAUCCGGGUCCUCCAGACAUAUGGUCAACACCAGUGAAUGCAUCAGUGCUUUACAUUGGUCACCCUCUGGCUACCACAUGGAAUACAACCGUUCAGUUGUUUGAUGUAGUCAACGACAUACGAGAAGAAAAAGACAUAUCAGCUGACAACCAAGCAGUGGUAAAGGACUUGCUGGAUAGACUUCAUGCAUACAACGACACUGUUGUUUCACCAAUAUUUGAAUACGGUGGUUCAGAUCCGCAGGCGGAUCCCAAGAAACAUGGAGGAGCAUGGACUCCAUGGGUAAUGAACUGAGAAAGAACAUUGUGUGCCGCUUUGUUUGUUUUGUCAGCUCUUUUGUAGUGACAUUCUACUUUUCUAAUGUUUUGCUUCAUUUGGUUUUCUCUACGGUUUUGGUGUCAUUUGAGAGUGACCAUGACAGUGUCACACUUAAGUUUAUGUUUGAAUACUCAUAAAAAGGUUAGAGUUUUGAUCUAGAAGUGUGGUAUCCACAAGUGUGGCAUGCCACGAAGUUGGGCUUCAAAAGUUAUGAUAUCUUUUAUUGAUGUCACUGACAUGGUACCGUAUAAUAAGGAAGGCUUGUA